AGCCAGUGUCUGCACAUGGCGCACAGCGGUGCCCAACACUCGUUUUACAGCUGCGGAGGCCUCCCUGAGGGCCCUGUGCCGGCUGUCAGGCCGGUGACAGCCCCGUCCGCCCCUCCCUCCUGCUGUGCGCGGCGCCGUCCCGCACGUCCCGUAACCUCCACCUCUCCUCUGGCCCCUCGUCUUGCCGGGAGGCCUUUAAGGGGCGGCCCCGCCGCCAUCUUGGGCAGUGGCGCGUGCGCGGUGCGGAGCGGCAGCCGCAGCGAUGGGGCCGGGGCAGAACUGCGCCGUGAGGGGUAUGGCUGGCCGGGAGCUGGAGGUGAAUGGAUUGCUGCAGUCUCCGUAGCUGCUGGAGCAGCUGUUGUUGGAUAUCUAGCUUACAGAAAACUUUUUUGUAAAGGCAAAUGCUCCAAGGCAAUGGUGAAUCUUCAUAUCCAGAAGGACAACCCCAAGGUAGUCCAUGCCUUUGAUAUGGAAGAUCUGGGAGACAAGGCUGUGUACUGUCGUUGUUGGAGGUCUAAGAAGUUCCCACUGUGUGAUGGCUCUCACACAAAGCACAACGAGGAAACUGGUGACAACGUUGGGCCUCUCAUCAUCAAGAGGAAGGAGGCGUAGAGUGGACACUAGAAGCUACAGAAUCAAUGUCUGACAAAUCCUCUGUUCUCUUGUAAUUGGGGGGAAAAAUCCACAAAUUCUUUGUCAUAUCACUGAAGAUUUCACAAUGUAGUAGAUACAUCAGGCUUCAGCAUGUACAUUUUCUCUGAUGCUUGUUGUCUUUCAAUCACUACAAUGCAUAAUUUACUAAGUAGUCAUGGUUUAAUUUUUUUGUCCUGUAAAGUGUGUGUACCCUCUCACUGAGUGUGAAACUAAAAUGAGGCAUAGAAUGUACUUCAUCAGAAAUAGGUGUUAAAUUAUUUUCAAAUACAUGUGUAUCGAAAGGCAGAUAAUAAAAUCCUCGAGAGGUUCAGAGCUGGAUAGAUAUCCAUGUAAAAGGCAGUGGCAGGAGAGAAAUCACAGUGCCAUCUUAAUCUCUGAUUAUGCUGCAUUUUCUGCAGGUGUCACAUUUGUCCUGUUACACUACAGUGCUGUAUGGCUUCUAUAAAAGAACAAAUUCAAAUUCAAAAUUGCUAGCUAUGAACAGACAACAGAAAAGGCUUGAAAGUAAGAUGGGGCUAGAGGGCAACUUUGCCUUUGAUUUUACAGCAGCCUUGAAACUUGACCCUACUUCCAUUUGGUAUCAAGAAAACACUAUCCAAACUGCAGACCUGUAUUUAGAGUAGGAUUAGGGAAAUAGUCUCUAGAGAUUUCUUAAUAGAUGAAUGAAAUGACAAAGUGCUUCAAGAGUGGUGGGCAGGGGGAGUGGCAGGGUUGUUAUUGCUGUUGGAGAAAGCCUUAGUUUCACUUGCAUUCUUUCAGUGAAGCCAACUUCCCCAGACCACAGGAUGCUUCUGUGGGGUGGCUAUGCUGAUUAAUUCCAGAAGCUAAAAUAAAAACUAAAACCCCCACCUGUCAUCACCAUCUGCUUCACCAUUGCACUGGCUGGUUCUGGAAAGCUUUUCCCACUGAGAAGGGAGGAGGCAUACCUUUCUUAAUAUGUGGCCUUAGGCUCUAUGUGUCUUAAUUCCUGCCUCCUGCUAAUGUGGUUCAGCUGAUUUUACCAAAAAACCCAGGCAUGGAUGAAGAAAGGCUUUGAAAACAGAUAGAAACAAGAAGGGAGGGAAGGAUGAGGCAGAGAGAGCUCUUACCCUCCUUACCCAUGGCACUUGUCUUCUUGUUUGGCAUGGUUGCAUUAAUGGCUGUCAUGUUGGUUUCCUUAAAUAGCUUUGAUUUAUUAACGUGCGUGUAAGUACAAAGCAAAACCCAAAGAGUGGGGCAGCAGAGGGCACUUGUGUACUGAACCCAGUCCAUUAGUGUAACUGUGGCCUGCAUAAGAUUGAGCUCUGAAUGUCCUCGGACAGAAACUACCUCAGGGCUACACGAAAGGCCUUGUUAGGAAGCUGACGUUUUAGCCUGGACCCUUAAGGAUUCUUCAGAUGAUCAGGGCAGGAGAGGUUCUGUUUGUUUUAUUUUUUUAAGGAUGGUUGGUACAACUGUUAAAACUGAAGAUGUUUUGCAUAGUCUCUAUGUGAGGCUUUUAGAGGCUGAGGUCUUGGCCAGUUGGUCUGGAUUUGGGCAGAAGGCCCAGAAUGUAAAGAAGGAGGCACAGACAGAGAAAGGUGGAGUCAGACUAAGGGCACUACUGACCAAGAGACCUCUUGGCCUGAAAGAAGUUGCAGUCAAAUAAGUCAGUUUGUCUUUUCUGCCUGAGUGUAAAGACUUGAUAUUUUUUACUUUGCUGAGUACUAAUGCAUAUGGACAGUUGUUUUAACCUUAAAUUAUCAAAUACAUUUUAUCCAAAGCAAAGUAACUUCUGUAUUAUUAGAAUAUGACAGUGGAUAUUUCUGUAUUUUUGUCAAAUACACAUUUGAGCUCAUCUUAA